UCCCUUUCCCAGAUCUAAAACUAAAAGACUCCCAUCCGCCUAUCACUGCUUCUUAUCCCAUUCGCAGUCCAAAUCCUUCAAAACCUCUUUCAACGCAAAAGUCAAAACCCUCCCCUUUUCACAUCUCUUAAGAGGCUUAGGUCUGUCCUUCUCCUUCUCCUUCUCCUUCUCCUUUUGUACUAUCAACUUUUGAGUACUUUCCAAAAAUGGGAAAAGUUUCUGCCAUUGGCUACAUCACCGUGGCUCUUCUAAUCCUCUUCCUCAUCUCUUAUUCCCCUAAGAAACACUCCACCAGCAACCGCCAUCGCGGCCUCAAGCUCCGCUCUUCCUUCAGCUUCGGCAACCUCACCCGCCACGAGCCCGUUGCUUUUGAUCCGCUUGUCGCCGACAUCGAGCGCCGCCGUGAAGACCGCCAAUGGGAGAAGCAGUACUUCGAGCAUUCCCAUCCUGAGUUUACACAUGACCCCGCUCCCGCUGAAGAGUCGCAGCCCGAGUGGGAGGAUUUCAUGAACGCCGAGGAUUAUUUGAACGAUGAGGACAAGUUCAAUGUUACCAACAGGUUGGUAUUGCUGUUUCCCAAGAUUGAUGUGGAUCCAUCAGAUGGCUUUGUGACUGAGAAUGAAUUGAUUGAGUGGAAUCUCCAGCAGGCUGCAAGGGAAGUAUUGCACAGGACUCUGAAGGAGAUGGAAAUUCAUGAUAAAAACCAUGAUGGGUUAAUAUCUUAUGCAGAGUAUGAGCCUCCCAGUUGGGUGAAGAAUGACAAUAAUAUGGGCUGGUGGAAAGAGGAACAUUUUAAUGCAUCAGAUGUCGAUGGGGAUCAUUUAUUGAAUUUAACCGAGUUCAAUGACUUCCUGCACCCAGCUGACAGCAAAAACCCAAAGCUGCUUCAAUGGUUGUGCAAGGAGGAAGUAAGGGAAAGAGAUACAAACAAAGAUGGGAAGGUUAACUUUAAUGAAUUUUUUCAUGGGCUAUUUGACUUGGUAAGAAACUAUGAUGAAGAAGGUCAUAACUCUUCCCAUCCACCUGAUGACUCAAUGGAGACCCCAGCUAAACAGUUGUUUAGCCAGCUUGAUAAAGAUGGUGACAGAUUCUUGUCAGAUGAAGAGCUACUGCCAAUAAUUGGCAAACUUCAUCCAUCAGAGCGGUACUAUGCAAAACAACAAGUAGAUUACAUCAUAUCACAGGCAGAUUCAGAUAAAGAUGGUCGCUUAAGCUUAGUUGAGAUGAUUGACCACCCAUAUGUAUUUUACAGUGCCAUCUUCAAUGAUGAUGAAGAUGAAGAUGACUACGAAUACCAUGAUGAGUUCCGCUAAAUGCUAAUAUAAUGAUAGGACACAAAGGCAGCAAUAGGAUUCAAAUUCUUUUCUGGCAAGAAUUGUAUGCUUCAUAGAAUUAGUAAUUAUGAAACACUUUUUACAAUUUCAAUGAAGGUUAUGCUAUCAAUGUUGAUAUCCAUGAUCAUGGACUUUUAUCUUGUUCUGGAGGCCAUUUCAGAACUGGUCCUCGGAAUUUCAUCUUUCUGACUUAUAUAUAUACUUGAUGAUACUUGAUGUUUCAUAUUUGAAAGUGUUUUGGAGCGCUCAAAAAAUUCUGAUGAAUCGAAAUUUGUUGGUCAUGAUGGGGGAGUGAAUCAAAUUAAUGGACCUCUAAUAAACUUUGCGGGGGUUGCAUUUUAAAUAAUUUAAGAGCUUGGGAUUUGUAUGACUGAUUUCUUACAAAAUUGAAAAUAAAAUUAUAUCAUUGGAAGAUAUU